ACACGCGUCCCGACGCCCGGGAAUGCGUCCGUCGACGGAGGUGUAGUUUCGCCGCGCGAAUUCACGAAUCGUGCGGGUGACAACUUCGUCGGAAAAACGUGCAAAAUUCGCGGGUCCACUCGAAGAGGGAAAAAAAAAGAGUGCGCGGACAAGCGGAAAAAAAGGGAUAUACGCGCGUAUAUGGCGCGCCGUGUCACACUCUUGCCAGUAUAAUGCUACACUUUCUUCGCGAGAAUGAGGGUGGCACGGCUAUUACUGUGCUGCGUACUUCUCGAAGACUACAGCACCAAUCUCGGCGGAACGGCAAUUACCAGUGACGCCAUGCGCCAAGACGGCUCCUCGUCCGCGACGAAUCCGACGCUAUCAGAUGUGCCGAGCUUCUCCGAGCCGAUCGGCAACGUGACCGCCGCUAUCGGCAAAGAGGUCGCCCUCUCCUGUACCAUCAGGAAAGUGGGAAAUUACAAGGUGGGAUGGCUACGUGCCGAGGAUCAGACGAUACUGUCGAUGGGGGAUCGCAAGGUCAUCCAGUCGACGCGAUUCUUUGUCACCCUGGAGAACGCCAAGACGAAGAACCAGACGCAAUCGCGGGAGGACGAGGAGGCCACUUGGCAGCUGCAUAUUCGGGGGCUGAAGGAGGCCGAUCGUGGCUGCUACAUGUGCCAACUCAACACCAAGCCCAUGUUAAGCCAGCUGGGAUGCGUGGACGUCCUAGUGCCACCCGAUAUUCUGAGUUCUGGCACCUCGGACGGCGAGGUCUCCGUUCUCGAGGGCGAGAACGCCACGUUGUCGUGCAAGGCGUCCGGACGGCCGCCGCCUCGCGUGUUUUGGCGACGCGAGAAAAGUGAUUUCAUUCUCAUGAGGGGUGUUCACGAUGUUCCGUUGAUACAAGUGGACAACCUGUCGGGCGAGAGGCUAGAAUUAACCAGGGUAGACAGGAGGCAAAUGGGGGCUUAUCUUUGCAUAGCUAGAAACGAAGUGCCUCCGGCGGUCAGCAAGAGGGUUAAUCUAAAAGUAAAUUUCCCUCCUAGCGCAAAAGCGCCCAAUCAGCUGCUCAGUUCACCCCUGGAUACAAACGUGUCGCUAAUCUGCUUAAUCGAGGCUUAUCCCAAGACGAUUAACUUGUGGAUGCGGAAGGAGCAAGUUAUCAUGAGCGGGGGCAGAUACGAAAUCGACGAGUUAGGGGACCCCGACGAGGAAUGGAAGACGACGAUCGUGUUGAAGAUAAGACGCUUGGAGAAAACGGAUUUGGGUGAAUACACGUGCUCAGCCUCCUCAAGCAUGGGAAAAGCCGAGGCGACUCUCAGGGUGUACGAGAUCGAGCGCGUAACCGUGCCCAAUCGCGUCACCUCGACCAACUGGAAGCAGCGACUGAACCGAGGCAAGUCAAAGCCCGGGCAAGGGACGAUGGUCAAUCGGGUCUAUCAGCAGGUGAGCACGCCGGCGAUGCAGAAGAGCACCGCGCGAUUGGUUUACAACAGGUACGCGACCACGUCGACCACCGCGGAUCCGCGCGCGCCCUUAAUCAAGGACCAGGGUAACGCCUUUAAGCAUAACAACCGCAACGACAACCAGCAGAAUCUCAAGGAUCGCAGCGUCGCGAACGCGAUCAUCGCCAGCAAGCGGAUCGUCCUGCCGCUCUGUCUCAUAUUGUUCUCGACAGUGCGAUAAGACGUGAGGUGACGGGAACUACGUGAACGACGACGACGACGACGACGAUGGAUACCCCUUCGCGAAAGGAAUUACUCCGUGAGCCAGCAUGGAAUUGCGUUCAUCGAUCGGACGAAAAGAGACGAGGGAAGCGAAAGAAGUCUCGCGAACGAAAAACGCGGGGCGGGAAAGGGGGGAGGGGGGGUAACAAUUCUCAGACAACGACGACGAGGGGCUGAUGGAAGAACUUGUGCCGUUUAAUUAGCCAGAUCAACAUUCUUAGCAGCACGAGGAAAGAUCGAAAGGCAAGCGAACGCUUGGACGCUUUUACAGGGUAAGAUCGUAGGGAAGCGAACACUUGGUCGCAUGGCUAGGUGGGAAACGAGAGGGAAAGGGGGGAAGGAAGAAAGAGUCUGAUCCGUUAAUGCGAGCGAAUGUUGCCCGAGAUAACCGCUGCGGAUUUUUACGGAAAGACGCUUACGAAUGUAUUUUUUAUGACCCUUUUAUCCGUUGCUAACGUGCGAAAAGUUCGGGGAUGAAACGUGCUCUCUUUGGUUUGGAGAUUAAAUAUAUAAUAUCAUCCGGAUAAUUUUAAUUCUCGAACAGCAGCACACUUAGUAUAGUUUAUUCCAAGCCGUACUAAAAUUUUACAUUUAUUUGUAUUCUAAAAUAAACUUUUAUCAUUCAAUUUUAAUUGUGUUAUACCCA